AUGCAUUUUAAUCCUAUGGCUUAUCCUCAACAACAAGCUCAACAACAACAGCAACAAUUACAUGCUUAUGCCCAUCAAAUACCUACUCCUCAAGGGCAACAACAACAACAACAGCAACAACAACAAGUUCACCAACAACAGCAACAGCAACAAGCUCAGCAACAACAAGUUGGACCAAAUCCAAUUCAACCAACUUUGCAUCAACAAAUGCCACAUCCAUUGUCUCAUCACCAGACUCCACAGCCAACUCCACAACCAGUGCAAGCUCAACAACAAGUUCAACAGCUGCCUCAACAAAGACAACCUCGUCAAACAAAGAAGCAGAAACAACAACAGCAACAAAAGCAACAACAGGGCCAAACCCAAUCCCCUCAUUUGACCCAAGAUCAAGUUGAUGCGCAUACACAAGCUCAACAACACCACAUGGCAAUGUUGGCUCGUGCAAACCAGAACGAUAUGUUGGAAUUAUCAAAUAGAAAAGUUGCUCCAAGAUCAAGUGAUUUGUUCCGUGUUGGUCCUCCAUUUUCAAUCACAAAACAACACCAACCAGUUUAUUGUGCUGGAAGUGAUAUACCAGUAACUCCAUUGUUACAUGCCCGUAUUGAUAGAGGUUUUGAAAUGGGUGAAACCGGUUCAUGGAUUGGUUACAAACGUAACUACUUUACCUUGGUUUCUUCUUUCACUUUACAAGACUUUGAUUUUGAAAGAUUCAUUGGUAACAAAUUUUAUACAUAUGAUAAAAUCAACAACAAGGUUAAUGGAUUCCCACCUCAUCAUCCAAGUCAUCCACAAAACCAACCACAAAAUCAUCCAAACCAUCCACAUCACGCACAACAUGCUGGUGAAUGUAGGGUCCCUAUCAGCUAUUUUGCUAUCAGAUUGGUUGCUAAAUGUUCUGAUGAUGAUGUUGCCAUUUCUUUGAUUCAACAUACUGCUAAAAGAGAUAAAGGACCACAAUUCCCACCACCAAUCUACCCAGCUGUUCCUUCUGAGUUGCCAGACCACGAAACAGUCAAGGCCAGUUGUAACAAGCGUAACAACAGUAAGAUUGAAACCAUGAACAAGAUCUUUUAUUUUGAUAGAGGUAAUUACUACCAAGAGUACAAUUUGGAUAGCAUGAAGGACCAAUCCAUUUUGAAGAGUUACCCAAGUCAAUCGAUAUCAAGGGUUGCCAGAUUUGAAAGAAUCCAAUUCACCAGUUCCAUUAGAGUCAAAAGUACCAAUGCAACUGCUAGAUACUUUACAUUACAUGUUGAAUUAUUGGGUAUUAUUGAAGAUGAGGACUUGCAAAUCCAACCAAUCUUAUUGAGUUCUGUUGAAUCACCACCAUUAAUUGUUAGAGGUAGAUCUCCAUCUAGUUAUCACAAGGAUAGAACUUCUGGGUACAGAUCUACAAACACACCAACACCAACUCCUCAGUAA